GCGGGCUUACAUUGUUGCCCUAAUUCUAAACGCAGUCACAGACCUGAGCGGCGAUUCAAACGAUUCCUAAUUCGUGCUCUGUUCUUCGUUGAUUCCUCAACGUCUUCAAAUCAAUUUGAACUGAAGAAUUGAUCAACAGAAUAUGGCAGGUGAAGAGGCUGUUGUUCCAGUAGAGGUGGCUGCCCCUGCUCCCGCCCCUGCCCUUGGUGAGCCAAUGGACAUCAUGACUGCUUUGCAGCUUGUGCUGAGGAAAUCACUUGCUCAUGGUGGCCUAGUCCGUGGACUUCACGAGGCUGCAAAGGUGAUCGAGAAGCAUGCUGCCCAAAUUUGUGUAUUAGCAGAGGACUGUAACCAGCCAGACUAUCAAAAAUUGGUCAAAGCACUUUGCGCUGACCACAAUGUGAGCUUGAUAACAGUUCCCAGUGCAAAGACUCUUGGCGAGUGGGCUGGUUUGUGCAAGAUAGAUUCGGAAGGGAAGGCAAGGAAGGUUGUCGGUUGCUCAUGCCUUGUCGUGAAGGAUUACGGAGAGGAAUCUGAAGGUCUUCACAUUGUUCAGGAGUAUGUGAAAUCUCACUAAGAUGUAGCAAUGGAUCAAAAUGUGUGAUGUGGUUUUAUUUAGUCAAAAACUUGCUUUUUUUAAUUGGAGGAAACAUUGUUUGUAGGAAAUUUUGGACCAUCUAAUCUAUCCAAAGCUCUUUUCCAA